CCCAAUCCAUUUCUCACUCACGUUACUUCUCAUUUUCUCUUUCUUUCUUUCCUUCCAAACAAACAGAAUCCACAGAAGAAGAUGACGAUGAAAGCUCCGAGCCCAGACGCGAUCUCCACCAUAAUGGCGAACCCCUCGCCGGACACCACCGCCGACAUGCCGGAGAUCGUUGUCCAGAUCCUCGAUCUCACCCCGAAGGGUAGUAGCCGCUACAUGUUUACUGCUAAUGAUGGGAAGAAGAAGCUAAAAGCAAUUCUCCCAUCACAACUGACUCCUCAGGUUAUCUCAGGAGAGAUUCAGAAUCUGGGUCUUAUUCGCAUCCUUGAUUAUUCCCUCAAUGACAUUCCAAGCAAGUCAGAGAAAUAUUUAAUUGUGACAAAGUGUGAAACGGUUUCCCCUGCGCUUGAAAUGGAGUUUAAGAGUGGGGUCAAAAGUGAGGAAACUGGCAUUUUAUUGAAGCCAAAGCAAGAGAUUGAGAUCAAUAGUGAGGUGAAAAGAGAGAGCUCUGGAAACGGGAUCAUGUUGAAGCCAAAGCAAGAAAUGGUCACUAAAUCAGCUGCUCAAAUUAUUCAUGAGCAGCAUGGAAAUAUGGUGCCACCAGCACGGAUGGCGAUGACUCGCAGAGUGCAUCCUCUUGUUUCUUUGAACCCUUAUCAAGGAAGUUGGAUGAUAAAGGUUCGUGUUACAAAUAAGGGAACCAUGCGUACAUACAGAAAUGCUAGAGGUGAAGGUUGUGUCUUUAAUGUGGAGCUGACUGAUGAAGAUGGGACCCAAAUUCAAGCAACAAUGUUUAACGAAGCUGCAAGGAAGUUCUAUGACAAAUUUCAAUUGGGGAAGGUUUACUAUAUCUCAAAGGGAACUCUAAAAGUUGCCAACAAACAGUUUAAGACAGUGCAAAAUGAUUAUGAGAUGACUUUGAAUGAGAAUUCUGAAGUGGAAGAAGCAAGCAAUGAAGCAGCUUUUGUUCCUGAAACAAAAUUCAAUUUCGUCCCAAUUGAGAUGUUGGGUCCCUAUGUUAAUGGGAAGGAACUUGUUGAUGUUAUAGGAGUCGUUCAAAGUGUAUCUCCCACUAUGAGCAUUAGAAGAAAGAGCAAUAAUGAAAAUAUUCCAAAGCGUGAUAUAACAAUUGCUGAUGAAAGCAAAAAGACAGUUGUGGUUUCGCUGUGGAAUGAUCUUGCAACAAAUGUAGGCCAGGAAUUGCUGGAUAUCGCUGACCAAUCUCCUGUGGUUGCUAUUAAGUCCGUUAAAGUUGGAGAUUUUCAAGGUUUGUCUUUAUCAGCACUAAGUAGGAGCAUGGUUGUGGUAAAUCCAGACACACCUGAAGCUAACAAGUUGAAAUCUUGGUAUGAUUCUGAAGGUAAAGGUUCGCCAAUGGCCUCUGUUGGUACUGGUAUGAGCCCAUCAACAAGGAGUGGAGGAAGGUCCAUGUACUCUGACAGAGUUUUCUUGUCCCAUAUAACCGAUAACCCAUCCUUAGGUGAAGACAAGCCUGCGUUUUUCAGCAUCAGAGGAUAUAUAAGUUCUAUCAAGCCUGAUCAGACAAUGUGGUAUCGGGCUUGCAAAACUUGCAACAAGAAAGUCACAGAGGCUAUUGGAUCUGGUUACUGGUGCGAGGGUUGCCAGAAGAAUGAUGAAGAGUGCAGUUUAAGAUAUAUACUUGUCGUAAGAGUGUCAGAUGCAAGUGGUGAAGCUUAUAUCUCUGCCUUCAAUGAAGAAGCGGAGAGUAUUAUUGGGUGCUCAGCAGAUGAGCUUGAUAAACUAAGAUCACAGUUGGGAGAGGAGAACUCGUACGAAAUGAAAUUGAAAGAAGCAACUUGGGUUCCUCAUCUUUUCCGAAUUAGUGUUUCGCAGAACGAGUACAACAAUGAGAAGAGGCAAAGACUAACAGUCAGGGCUGUUGCUCCGGUUGAUUUUGCUGCUGAAUCAAAAUUCUUGCUAGAGGAGAUAUCAAAGAUGAAAGCUUCCUGAUUCUUACUGUCAAAUUAACUAAUGAAGAGGAUAUUGUCUGGCUAAUAUACUUCUGGUUAGGGUUUUUUGCUUAGUCUAGAAUCUAUUUUAUUGUAAGGGGUUGGUAAUAUCUAAUCUUCAGAUCAGUAGUCGAUUAGUGUUUUUUGCAUCUAGGAGUGGAGUUAAUUUACAGGCAAAUUCUGCAUGA